CCUAGCCCGUAAUCCCUGGGAGUUUGAGGCUCUUCCAAAAGUUCUCGUUAGCGCCAAAAAAAAGCAGCGCAGAAGAGUUCAGUCGCAGAUCUUCACCUUCGCCGAACUUCAACUCCACCACUCAUUCAACCUCACGACUCAGCGCAAACAGGCAGAAAUGAUUCGCACAACCAAGCCCAAAAACGCUCGCUCGAAGCGUGCGGCCGACGAGCGCCUGCCGAAGCUGACGGAGAACCAAAAGACCACGCUGGUUCUGCGGGGCACGACCGCCAGCGAGCUGAUCCAAUCGGUGUUGACGGACCUGCACGCGCUGAAGAAGCCAGCGUCGAUCAAAUUCAGCAAAAAGAACGACAUCCGGCCGUUCGAGGACGCCGCGCCGCUCGAGUUCCUGUCGGAGAAGAACGACACCUCGCUGCUGGUGCUCGGCAGCAGUUCCAAGAAGCGCCCGCACAAUCUGACCCUCGCGAGGACGUUCGCCUAUAAGCUGUUGGAUCUGCACGAGUUUGGUGUGGAUGAGGCGACGUAUCGCAGCCUGGCUAGCUUUGUCGGUGAGAAGCCCCGCGUCGGGAUGAAGCCGCUGCUGCUGUUCAGCGGUGAUGUGUGGGAGCGCGACGAGACCAUGAAGGCGGUUAGAGCACUGUGGAUCGAUUUCUUCCGCGGGGAGGCGGUCAGCAGUGUGGAUGUCGAGGGGCUGCAGUACGUGCUGUCCUUUUUGGCGACCGAGGAGGGCAAGUUCCAUGUGCGCGGAUCGAUGAUCAGGACCAAGAGGAGUGGGCAGAAGUUGCCGAGGAUUGAAGUGGAGGAGGCGGGACCGAGGCUGGAUUUGACUGUGAGGAGGGUGCUUCCGCCUUCCCCCGAGAUGUUGAAAGAGGCGUUGAAGACGCCUUGGAAGCAGUUGACCAAGACGAAGAAGAACAUCUCCAUGGACAUCAUCGGAGACAAGAUCGGUCGCAUCCAUACCGGCAAGCAGGAUCUCGACAAGCUGCAGAGCAGGAAGAUGAAGGGACUCAAGAAACGGGGUGCCGACGACAUGGACGAUGAUGCAGCCACCCUUGUAGACGACGUAGUGUCCGAGGCCGAGGAGGCUCCUGUUGCGAAACCGAAGAAGGCGAAGAGAUCAUAGACGGAUGGGACGAGAAGAUAAAAAAACUUAAUGUCGCCGUGCGGUUUCCUUUUCAUGUUGGGUA